AUAACCUCAAUUCGACUUGUUCACUUACCAAAUAACAAUUCUUAACGCUGUCUUCUUUUUUACGAGUGUUCUAUUAACGUAGUGUUAUACUUCCACCGAUUUUCCAGUAAAAUGGUUAAAGUUAAAGAACCAGUUGCAGCUAAGUCUGCAUCUUCUGAUGCAAAAAAGAAGUUAAGACCAAGCAAAGUUAAGAGCUUGGCUAAAUAUGAAACCAAAAAGAAGGCUAGAGCAGCAGGUACCCUGAAGAAAAAGCCUAAGCAAAAUUUGUUGAGUGGUUCAGCUACAUGGAAAGUGGUUUACAAGAGUGGAACAUGGCGUUUCGUUCAUAGACCAACUGAAGCUAAGUUGAUAGCUAAGGCUAAAGCAGAAGGAAAACCAUUGGCUGAAACUCCAAAAAAGAAGAAGUCUAUAAUUGUUAAACCAAUCAAGGGCGAGAAGAAUGGUGAAACCCGUGAAGUACACACUGUCAAACGCAAGGCAUACUACCCAACAUUGAAAUCACCAAAGAAACAUAAGUCUCGUGGUUUAUUCAAGAACCAUAAGCGCAAUAUCCGUUCAUCAUUGACUCCUGGAACAAUUGUUAUUUUGUUGACUGGUGUUCAUAAGGGCAAACGUGCAGUCUUGCUGAAAACACUUGAUACUGGUUUACUUUUGAUCACUGGACCAUUUAUUUUAAAUGCCAUUCCAAUGAGACGUGUACAUCAAGGUCAUGUAAUCGCUACCAAGACUAAGUUGGAUAUUUCAAGUGUUAAGAUUCCCGAGGAGGUUGAUGACAAGUACUUCAAGCGUACUUUAUUGAAGAAAAAGCCUAAGAAGAACGAUAGUAAAAGCUUAUUUGUUCAAAAACCCAAGACCUACCGACCAACUGAAAAAAGGAAGUCUGAUCAAAAGUUAGUAGAUGCACAGGUAUUGAACAUCAUUAAGAAACACCAAGAUAAGAAAUCUCUUUUCUUGUACCUUUCAUCUAUGUUUGGCUUAAGGAAUAAUCAAUACCCACACAGAAUGCAAUUUUAAAUUUACUGUAUGUAUUGGUUGUUUCUUUCUUUAUGAAUACAUGAAUAUACUGGUACAUGUAUUUUUUAA